CUUUCAUCAUCCCUCCCGUCCACUUUUUCCACCUCCCACUCUACCUUCUCUGUUUCUCUCUCUACCUCUUUCUCUUCUACACCUUCCCACCUCAACCUUUCACGCCCCUCUUGUAUCCGCUCCGAAUCCCUUCCUCUUUACCUACCUCUCUCUACAUCUCUACUCCAUCCGUCCCUCCUCACCUCCCCGUUGCCGGACAUUCUUCUUAUCUCCUCCUCCCCUCCCCGGCACUUUGAUCUACUGAGUCUAGAACUCUAUAGACCAUCAGUCCCGUAGCUGAGUGCUUGCCUGCCGCUCAAACCCUCCCCAAAAAAAAAAGGUACAUUAGACUUUUACUCCUCAAACGUCGUCCCAGCCCUUUCAGUUCCCACCUUCUCGGGCAUACAUCAUGUCUGCCAGCCAAGACCCCAUUCCGGCCAACGGUGGCAGCAUCGAGGAGAACCUCGAUCACCUCAAGCUCGAUGACAAUGAGCCUCGCCUCGGUCCCGAUGGCGAGCCUGCCCCCAGAACCGACGAAGAAUACGCCCAGACUACCCUUACUCUGAGAGCUAUCGUGUCUUCCAAAGAAGCUGGUGUGAUCAUCGGCAAGGGCGGCCAGAAUGUUGCCAACCUCCGUGACGAAACUGGCGUCAAGGCUGGUGUUAGCAAGGUUGUCCAGGGUGUUCAUGACCGCGUCCUGACCAUUACCGGAGGCUGCGAUGCUGUCUCCAAGGCGUACGCUGUUGUCGCUCGCUCCCUUCUCGAAGGCGCCCCGUCUGUUGGCAUGGGUGGCGUCAUCUCUGCCAACGGCACUCAUCCCAUCAAGUUGCUCAUCUCCCACAACCAGAUGGGCACAGUCAUCGGCCGCCAAGGCCUCAAGAUCAAGCACAUCCAGGAUGUCUCGGGCGUUCGCAUGGUUGCGCAGAAGGAGAUGCUGCCGCAAUCAACCGAACGCGUAGUUGAGGUGCAGGGUACUCCCGAGGGCAUUCAGCGCGCUGUCUGGGAGAUUUGCAAGUGCCUGGUCGAUGACUGGCAGCGGGGCACCGGCACCGUUUUGUACAACCCUGUUGUCCGCGGCGGUGGCCAACCUCUCGGCGGCGAUCGCAACUAUCCCCAGGAAAGGUCGUACGGUAGCUCCCGUGUCACACGGACUGGCAAUGGUGCCGAUUUCAGCAGCAACAGUGGUGGACGCCCUUACAACCGUCGUUCUGAUUCCGACGCCGCCUCUCGUGGCCCUCCUACCCAUGAUGAGAACGGGGAGGAACUCCAGACCCAGAACAUCAGCAUCCCCGCUGAUAUGGUUGGCUGCAUUAUUGGACGUCAAGGCACCAAGAUUAGCGAAAUUCGCAAGGCCUCUGGUGCGCGCAUCUCGAUUGCCAAGGGCCCUCAUGACGAAUCUGGCGAGCGCAUGUUCACCAUUAUGGGCUCCGCCAAGGCCAACGAGACAGCUCUGUACCUCCUCUACGAGAACCUGGAGGCGGAGAAGACGCGCCGCUCUCAGCAAGCUCAGGAGCCUUCCGAGUAGAGUGCGGAGGAAUCAUAUGGCGCGAGGCUGUAGCCAACAAAACUCUUUCAUUUGCUGAAAGAGUUGAUGGCGGCAGUAUUUCAGUUAUUUGACCACAUUACCCAGGUUGUUUUACAUUAAAGGAAAACGUUCGGCAGCCCCUUGUUAUGAGUCGUUCCGAAAAUGACAGCCCGCAAGGCUCGGAAUUGUGGCAGGAAGCACAACAGGACGACAGUUUCUUGAUCAAAAGCAUAGUCGACGGACCACUUUCGGUUCUCCUUUACGAACUGGGUCAUUCCCUAUCCCGCAUUGUAUUCGGCAACACCUCCCUUAUCUCGCCAGUUUUCACACUUUUUGCCUAGAUAGGCCGCGCAAGCUGGCCUGGGUGGUGGAAAUUUUGGUGUGAGGGCACUCAGACUACAAGCCUUGUCUUUGACUUGGUGUCGUUGUUUGUAUCCCACGAGCCGAUUCCAGCAUCGACAUGGGAUAGUCCGGCGUGUUUGCAGCAGACAUCCAUGCGAUUCCUUACACCGUUCAACAUCUUUCCCGCAUCUCAUCACCCGAGCCUGUUGGCGUGCUUUUCCAGCAUUCAGCACUACCGCCGAGGCCUCUCCCAUCUCUUACACCGAAUCUUUUUUUUACUGCGCUGAUACAUACGACAGUCCUGAGGUGGUGUCCAUGAUCAGGAACUAUAACAAAGUGCUGGGAUCUGGCCAGAACGUCAACCACCCGUUAAGUGGAGGUUUAAACCUGCUUGGUAGUCAGUUAGGCAUAGAUAGCACAAAAACGAAGGGCAAUAAAUGUCGCUCUUUUGGUCCAGUUGUGUUUUUCG